AUGGCGGGCCCCGGAAGCGCCGCGGCACUUGACCUGCUGCUCCUAGCGGUCUGCUGGGCCACGGUCGGGGAGGCACUGGCGUGGGACGCGCCGCUGACUGGCUGCAGCGAUCUUUUGAGCGCGGAUUGCGAAGGGGCGGGCAAGACUGGCCGUGGCCUCGCGCAGGAAACAUGUGCGGAUAGGACGGUGGGGUACACAUACCAACGCGCAGAUGGCAACAGGAUCGCGUGUGGGAGGGGCGUCAUGGAUUCCGGAUCGGAGCCCGUGGAGAUUAACGUGGGUGGGUUCCCGGAAUGGCUGGUUGGGGUGCCAUCUGGGGACGGGGCCACCAUCUGGGGCGUGGUGCUGGGCGACGGGCGGACGAUGGGCUUCAGGGUGAGUACAGAGGGGGAUGUGAGUCGAGUGAUGCUGGAGCCCACGGAGGUGGCGGAGGGCAAGCCCGUGGUGCUGGUGGGCGGGGGGGGCGGAGAGCCGCAGUUCCUGACGACGCAGGUGGGAGCGAAGUUCACGCACCCAACGCCGCUUGCGAGCGGCGUGGUCAGCGUCCAGUCGCGGUUCGAUGGGGAGUCGCUGGCGUUCGCGGGGGACGGCUCAAACCAAGGGUUCUUGAAGGUGCCCCUGCACGACGCGAGGAUUCUUACAGACGGAGAAGACAUGGGCGAGCGGUUCAUGGCGUUGGUGCAGCCGACGGUGAAGUACCCGCAUGGCGUGCUUGGGGACAGCACGGAGGCGGAGGGGAUCUCGCUGUUCAGUCAGGAGCAGGGCGGCACGUUCACCGAGGCGCUCUUCAUCCCUGCACCGGGCGAGGACGUGUUCGAGGGCCUCUUCCCCGUGUGGGCGGACGUGGACGACGAUGGAGAGCUGGAGAUCGUGGCCACAUUGGCGAACAGCACUCAUGGCGCGCGAGUGGCGGUGUACUCGGAGGAAGGCGAGGUGCUGGGGGAGAGCGAGCCCGUGGGCGCGUUCAGGUGGAGGAACGUGGGGCCAGUGGGGCCGUUCGGACCAAGAGGAGAGAUAGAGGUUGUUGACGUGCUGACGCCUCACCUGACAGGUACCGUGGAGUUCUUCCAGCUGGACAAGGAGAAAAAGGAGUUGGUCCUGGUUGCUGAGAAGAGUGGGUACACAUCGCACGUUAUCGACACAAGGAAUCUGGACUUGAUCGCUGGGGGUGACUUCGAUGGGGAUGGGAAUUUGGAGGUCCUGCUGCCAGAUAUUGACACCAGAGAACACCUGGCAGCAGUUCGGCACAUUGAUGGGGGGGCAAUUGAGGCCUGGAGGGUGCCCCUGGGGGCACCUUUGGCUUCAAAUAUCGCCACUGUUUCCUUGUCGGACAGCAAACAAAGAGUGACUCUUGUGGUUGCCGCAGGCAAUAGUGAUGGCAUUAUCAAAAUUUGGCAAUGA